AUGACUGCUAAAGUUCGAAUGCCUGCACCUAACUUCACUGCUACCGCUGUUGUUGACGGACAGUUCAAACAAGUUUCUCUUAGCGACUAUGCUGGUCAAUAUGUUGUACUUUUUUUCUAUCCGAUGGAUUUUACGUUAGUUUGUCCAACUGAGAUUGUUGCCUUUUCUGAUCGUAUUGAUGAGUUUAAGAAGUUGAAUACAACAGUUUUAGCAGCUUCUUGUGACAGCCAAUUCGU